AUGGGAUCUAGGUCCUCAUUUUCUUGGCAAGGAAUGUUUGAUUCUAGCAACUCUGUACCCGCUAUGAUGACACAAGAAUACUCGCCGAUUCUCCCUCCUGUAUCUGAAUCCAGCGUCUCUCCUCAGAGUCUACCAAAGAUGCUGCCCCCUAGCCCAUCCAGGAGCAUCCUCACCCCUGAGCAAAGAGAACUCAAAAAGCAGCGAGACAGAGCUCGGAGGGGUGAGAGAAUUACCACGCGAAUUAGAGCCGGCAGCAGCAGCAGCAGCUCAUACAUGGGCUCACCACCAAUGACAAUGUCGGAUGCUACCAGUCCCAUGUCUCUUCCCGUCUACACAACGGCUCCCCAGCCCAUCUCCCUGCUGAGCGAGUCUGCUCCCUCAAUUCACGAGCCAUCGUAUCUCCCUCCUUUCAGCCCGCAUCUGCAAGAGCCGGCAUACGCUCCUUCAUACCAACAGCCACUGCAAUCAAACUACCCCAUGUCAAUGGAUUACCCAGCCAACUACCCUUCAUCAAGCCCUUACAGCCUAUCCCACUCAUCCAUUCAACCUGCGGGUCACGAUAGCGGUAUGAUGUACCGUAUGCCCGCCUUACAAGGAGGUGGCAGCGCUGGCAGCAACGGCAGCUCUACCAGCCAAGACAGCUCCGGCCACGUCCGCGUGGUGCAAAACCGCCCAAAGCCCCGUUGCUGGGAGCAUGGCUGCAACGGCAGGCAAUUUUCGACCUUUAGCAACCUCCUCCGACACCAGCGAGAAAAGUCUGGCCAAGCAGCCAAGGCUACUUGCCCCAACUGCGGCGCUGAAUUCACAAGGACCACGGCGCGAAACGGCCAUCUUCUACACGAUAAGUGCAAGCAGCGACGAAACACUUGA